UCCUUUGCUCUCGCAAUGGCGACCUCGCUGCUGGCCACUGCCUCCAAACGAGCCUUCACCCGCCGUCUGCCAGCCGCUCUUCCAGCCGCUCGUUUUGCCAGCACCCAGUCGUCUGAUGCGCUCUAUGUCCCCGGUGGUCCGAUAUACAAAGGCACUGUAAACGACCCCACCACCUUCCCCACUCCGUCUCGUGUGCAUGGCUCGCACCACUGGUCAUUCGAGCGGUUGCUCUCGGCGUCAUUGAUUCCCCUUACCGGUGCUGCAUUCGCUACUUCCCCGUCAGUCCACCCUGUUCUCGAUGGCCUGCUGGGCGUCAGUCUUGUAGUCCACAGUCAUAUCGGGUUUGACGCAAUGCUUGUGGACUACCUACACCCACGCAAAUUCCCCGUCCUCGGCCGUAUUGGCACGUGGGCUCUGCGCUCUGCUACUGUUGGUGUCCUCUUUGGUGUUUACCAGUUCAACACGAAUGAUAUCGGCCUGACGGAACUCAUCUCCAAAGUCUGGCACGCGUAG